AGCAGGAAUGGGCUGAGAGUUGCUUCUGCUCUCUUCACAGACCAGCACACUCUCAUCUGAUUUGGGCUGCAAAUAGAACUUCAGAGAGAGAGCUGGGGAAAACCUACAGGCUCCUGCCACCAUCAUGUGCUAUGGCAAAUGUGCGCGAUGCAUCGGACAUUCUCUUGUGUGGCUCUCUGUCCUCUGCAUAGUAGCUAAUAUUUUGCUUUACUUUCCCAAUGGGGAGACAAAGUAUGCAUCUGAAAACAACCUCAGCCGCUUUGUGUUGUUUUUCGGUGGUAUUGCAGGAGGGGGCUUGCUGAUGCUCCUGCCAGCAUUUGUCUUCAUUGGGCUGGAAGAGGAGGACUGCUGUGGCUGCUGUGGCCACGACAGCUGUGGCAAGAGAUGCGCAAUGCUUUCUUCUAUAUUGGCUGCUCUCAUUGGAAUCUCAGGAUCUGGCUACUGUGUCACCGUGGCAUCUCUGGGCUUAGCAGAAGGACCGUGGUGUCUUGAUUCUCUCGGCCAGUGGAACUAUACCUUCGCCAGCACUGAAGGACAGUACCUUCUGGAUAGCACCACAUGGUCCCAGUGCAAGGAACCCAAGCACAUCGUAGAGUGGAAUGUGACACUGUUUUCUAUCCUCUUGGCUCUUGGUGGAAUCGAAUUCAUCUUGUGUCUCAUUCAAGUAAUAAAUGGAUUGCUUGGAGGCAUCUGUGGCUACUGCUGCUCUCGCCAGCAGCAAUAUGACUGCUGAAAAAACCACCUGAAGAUAGGACCACAAGCUGCCUCUAUUUCAUUGUAAUUUAUAUAUUGUACUUAUAUUACUGUAUCAUAGUCUCCAUAUUCUGCUUUUAUAAAAGUGUAUAAAGACUGGCAUUUUCACAUGAUGCCAGUGUUUGAAUUUAGCAAACAAACUUUUUUUAAGGAAUGAGAAAACCUGAGUACUGGAGGUAAUUUACAGACUGACAGCCCUCAGCUUAUCUGAGAUAAGCUUUGUAAUGUUUAGGAUAAAAAUCCCAUUCUGAUUCCAAUUGUAUAUAUGUGUAUGUGUCUUAAAUGAAAGAUGUCUAGUUGCUUUUAAGACCAAGAAGAAAGAAACUCCAAAACCUGAAAAGAUGUUUUUCAUUGCUUAUAUGGUGUUUCCCAUUUAUAUCCCUGCAUACCUCUAAUCAGAGGCCUUUUGAACUGCUUUAGUUCUGUGAGACAUGAACACUAGCGUGGGUUUGGAGGCCUAGGGGAUAACACUCCAUCCCAAAUGAAGGAGUCAAAACACACAAUGCCACAAGUUGCUGUGAGUCCCACCAGAUCCUAAUUUUUUUAAUAUGUAGAAAUCUUUUUGUUCUUCAAAGAAGGACCAAAUAAUUAAAGAGGAAAAGUCCAGAAAGCUGGGCAAGAAGAAAGAUGGGAAAUGGAUGAGAGCAAAUGAUCAGCAUCAUGGUAGAUGGGGAAGGGGAGUAAGGUGGAAAAACCACAAGGAAGUUUCCACCAAAUGUGAUCAUGUACCACAAAAUAAAGUGUUAAACAUCA